AUGCAGAAGCCGAGUCGAGCAGGUCUCCAGAUGAUUUGCUCGCAGGUGGAAGCGUGGGAAAGCUAUAUGCCGCUGAAAGUUAGAGAGAAAGCGCAGAGGGCGGUGGCUCAGAUUCUAGCGGAUGGUACGUUGGCCGCAGAGGAAGAUAUGCUUCGCUUGUAUAGGAUAAUGGCGAAACAUAGCAGACGAAUGGGUGCGUCGAAGGUUUUUGAGAAAGUUGAGGAACAAGGGCGUUUCAUCUGCUCUCUCAAAUUUCAUAUAAUGUGGGCAGAAACCUACGCACAGAGCGGUAACCUGGAUCGAUUCACGCAUGUGCUAAAUUUGGCCAGAAGUCGACUACCGGAGCUUUCUCCGAUAGAGCUAGAAGCAGGCUUCAGGGACCUUGCUGACCAGUACUUCCCCAAUAGCGAUAUAUUCAACGACGACGAGGAAACUAUGGCUGUGUUCAAAAUACAGAAAGUUGGCGAUCCUAAGACGAAACGAAGUGCGAGAUUCAGCUUGUUUCGAACAUUCCGACGAACGUUCAAAUGUUUUCUUACAGAUCGACGUCGAUCAUCUUUAGCAGCUUUUGAGGCGCAUGCUAAGGAUAACCUCAAAGCAGCCCAUGGUCCUGCAAACCCAACUUUCGGCCAAAAUACACGUACAAAACUACGGUUCGAACUAGUGGAUCGUCCCGAAGCUGGCUAUCUCGCUCCCUCAAUUGAAGAACUGAGAGCAGCGAUGAUUGCAGACCAACAAAUGGAAGAGAAUGACGAUCUUCUCGUUGUCCCCAUGGAUAUCACUAUGAAUUGCACAGAGCCAGCCGCCGCGUCUCAUCACCUAGCAGGUGUGCCUGAAUUGAAAGAGUUGGGUAAACGUAAUCGUAUCUUGGAGACCGUAGAGGAGGUCGAUUCUGAUUUUUCAAACGAAGACAAACGGCGUCGUGUAUUCUCACCUGCAGCGCCCGUGCGAGAAAGCGUCUUAGCACGACAACAGAAGCAGGCUGCACAGCCCUCGAAGUCGUCUACUCAGCCCUCAUCGUCGGCAACGUUUAUUACGGGCUCUUCUUUCACUGAGAAGGCAUACAAUGACAUGAAAGCAAUGUUAUCCGAUACUGUAGAUAUCAACAAAGUUGGCGGAUUGCCUGGAAUAACAGAUGAAACGACUCUGCCAGUUGCUGCUCCAGCUAUUGAAGCUUUCGAAGUUUUCAUUGACAAGGAUGAAUCUCAACGCCCGUCCAGCCUGAAGCAAAAUGAAAACUUGUCAGCCCAUCCUGUCACCCAUUCUCGUCCCCAAGGAGAACGAGCACCUCUUCAGCAGAUCCCAGUGCAAGUUGCUGGUGGAGACUCUGAAAAACUGACUGAUAUUAAGAGAAAGGGUGUCCUUACCAAUGUGCGCGAGGAGGAGGUGUUUAAGCCUCAAAAAUUCUUGCAAAUUGAAGACGAGGAGACUGUGGCUGGAGCGAAGUUUUCUUGCUUGGGCAUUGAUAAGAAACCAGAUCGUGGAAUUGUAACAUCGACCCCAGCUUACCAAAUGCACCAUCCUCCUACUCACGAAGAUUUCUUCGCUCCU